GCUUAUCUCCGCCUUUGGACUUCACAAUAAGUGCCCUUAGAAGGAAAGCCUGUCAGACUGUAAACUGGAGGAGCUUUUUUUUUUACGGCUUGAGUGACAGCAAAUCUUCAGUUUAUAUAAGUCAGUGAUCAAACCCACUUUUCUGCUCAGUAGGAUGCAGGAUGGGAUUUAAGUAAGGAAGUAUUAGCCUAUAGAUUAAUUAUCGGGAUAAUCUCCUCGAGCCUCCCUGCCUACUAGAAAGGAACGGAGGGGACAAGUGUCGGGGAGAAGUGGCCGCAGUGAGAGGCGGUGCAGGCGGGGAGGUGCGCAGCGCAGUCUGCCAUGGAGAUGUUGCGCCGCUCUUCUGUGUUUGCUUCUGAAGUGUUUGAACGCUCGCACACCGACAAGGAGCUGGUGUCCCAGGCCAAAGCACUGUGCAGGGACUACAUUCAUUCCAGGCUGAACCGUGCCGGGAUAGGCUGGUCUAAACCUGAACAUGGACUGGCUGCAUCAGGUGGCGCACUGGGAGACAUCUCAUCGGUUCUGCUGUGGCUGGGUGAUGAGUUGGAGUACCUUCGACCCAACGUUUACCGUAACGUAGCGCGACAGCUCAACAUCACAGUGGCGUCAGAGAGUAUCGUGUCCGAUGCUUUCCUGGCUGUGGCGGCAGACAUUUUCUCCACAGGUAUGUGUGACUUGGGAAAGGUGGUUUCUUUGUAUGCCGUGGCAGGAGCCUUGGCAGUGGACUGUGUUCGCCACGGUCAUCCAGCUAUGGUCCAUACCAUUGUCGACUGCAUGGGGGAGUUUGUCCGCAAGAGCCUGACCUCCUGGUUAAAAAGGAGAGGGGCUGGAAUUGAUCUGGUGAGCUCUGUGUCUUCUGUGCUGUUACAGGUGGAUGUAACAAAAUGUGUGGUGAACACUGAUCCCAGCUUUCGCUCUCACUGGCUGGUGUCUGCUGUCUGUGCCUUUGGACACUAUCUGAAGGCCACCGUGUUAUACCUCCUGAGGGACAAGUGAAAGACAAAGCCACACACUGGAUUGUAGCAGACUGUUCAGCACUGUACCCCACCACGACCACCACCACUAAGGCAUCCCUGCUUUGGAUUAUGUUUACACUUAUUUGCACUGAACAUUAAUGAAUGAACACCUAUCCCUUCACAGACUUUCCAUUCUUCUUCUGCUUCAUAUGCUAGGUUUGUCUAUUUAUUGUCAAUA